AUGAAGAGUAUACUCCUGUUUGCCCUCCUAGGACUUGCCGGUAAGUUGUAACUCUAAAGCAGUUCUUUCACACAAAUCUAACUUCUGUUCGUACUCCUAUAUCUGAGGCUCACCCUAAAGACUUCUCUAGGAGUGCACCGUUCCUAUGGAACGCCCUUCCCCUCUAUGUUAGACUUUCACCCAGUCUCCACUCUUUCAAAAAACAUUUGAUAUAUGAAAACAUACUUUUUAGGAAAGCGUAUCAAUUAAACUGUGAUCAGCUUUCUCUUCCAACACCCUGAUUCCUCUCCUCAAACUGUCAUCAAAACAAGACCUAGCCCUCAAUGAAUACUAUCCUAGCAACAUACUUUUCUACCAUACCCUUACCUUUUGUGUCACAAUACCCCACUCCCUCUAGCAUGUAAGCUUAUUGAGCAGGGCCCUCAAUCCCUCUUUUCCUGUGUGUCCGACUCGCCUGGUUACAAAUAUGUGUCUGUUGUCUACCCAUUGUACAGCUCUACGGAACUUGUUGGCGCUUUAGAAAUAUUAAUAAUAAUAAUAAAUAUCACUUAUUACUGCUUAUUACCACAUUUUGCCACAUUUCCUUACAAGCAGCACUUACUAUCACUAUAAACACACUACUAUUAAAUUUAAACCAGUACAUAUUAUCUUACAAUCUCUACUGACAGUAAUAGGUACUCUCUGCAAUGUAUCACCAGUUAUCGGCCAAUGACCACCAUUUAUUUCCACCUAUCACCACUUAUUCUCCUAUUACCACAAUUUUUUCCAAUUCCCCUAUCACCUUAAUGUAAUGCUUCACAUUAACAAUUUCCAUCAUGUAUUACUACUAAUUCCCCAAUUACCACCAUGUAAUAUACACAGGACAUUUAUGCUUACAUCAUUACCAAUUAUUUGCACAAUUAAAAUUUAUUAACACUUAUUAAUAAAUAAGCCAUUAAGGAUUGCUGAGUUAUUGAAAGAGUUCUAACUGCUUCACUAUUUAAAAUUUAUAAAUGUAGAUUUUUAAAUAAUUCCUUAAAUCUAAAUUAUACAUUUAUAAAUUAUAAAGUUUACAAGUUCCUUUUUUCUAAAAUUUUGAAAAAAAUGGGACAGUUUUAUCAAACCGGUCUAGUCAUAUCCUCACAUUCCAUUGACACAGCUAAUCAUGUUGCAUUUCUACAGCCGCAUUCCCCUUGGAUGAUGAUAAGAUCGUAGGAGGCUAUACCUGCCCUGAAAAUUCCGUUCCAUACAUCGUGUCUCUGAAUGUUGGCUACCACUUCUGUGGAGGGUCUCUGAUUAAUGAUCACUGGGUGGUCUCUGCUGCUCACUGCUACCAAUCGUAAGUAAUGUAGAUGUAAAAAAGUGGUAAUUAGUCCAAAACAUUAUUGGAAAAUAAUAAAAAAAACUCAAACACUCUCAGUUAUAAUCGUUUGGUUCUAAACUGGUAAGAGAGAAACUUAGGAGGCCAUUAUUUCUUUGUAACAUGUUUGCUGAUUUUGUAGAUUUUUCGUAUCAUACUAUUAGACUGUGAUUACCAUGAUGACAAUCAGUGUUAAUUUUGGCAGCAAAUUUCAAUUUAGUUUUAGUCAUAGUCUUUUGACUAAAAAGCCAUUUUAAUUUUAGUCGUAUUUUAGUCAUCUGAAUUAUUUUAGUUUUAGCCUAGUUUUAAUAUUAUUAUUUUUAUUAUGUUAUUAUUUAUAAAGCACCAUCAAAUUCCGCAGCGCUUUACAUCUCAAAAAUCUUAGUCGACCUAAAUUUGACUAAAAUUGUUAGUCGACAAAAUAAACACUGAUGCCAAUGUAGGUUUUCUCUAGAUAAAAAGGGUAGCCUUGUGAUACUAGCUUGACAGUAAAUUUAGAUGUUUUGUUGUCCCUGCCCUCAUAGCCCACAGUCUGAUAAGAGAGUGAAUGGAAAGAGCAGGGAGGAAACAGAAUUAUUUUCUUGGCGUACAUCUUAAGGGUGGUAGAUUGUUGUUAAUAUAGUAUGGACAUUCAGAUUAAACAAAUUAGUAAUAAAUGUUUAUAAAUAUUUAUCAUAUAUUUAGUAUAUACAUCUAUGUUAACCGGCACCUUCUUGAUCACUUGCAGACGCAUUGAAGUCAGACUUGGAGAACAUAACAUUGAAGUGAUCGAGGGAAAUGAACAAUUUAUCAAAUCUGAAAAGGUUAUCCGCCACCCAAAUUACAAUUCCUAUAUGAUUGACAAUGACAUCAUGUUAAUCCGACUGUCAGAGCCCGCCAAACUGAACAGCCGUGUACAGCAAAUCCGUCUGCCUACAGCCUGUGCUCCAGCCGGAACACAAUGUCUCAUCUCUGGAUGGGGAAACACUCUGAGCUACGGAUGUGAGUAUCUAGCAGUCUGAGAUUCUCUUUACUUUCUCUUAGCAAUCUAAAAAAAUUACGUUUACUCCAAGCAUUUUAAAUGGUCAUGGUGCCUGGAGGAUUAAUGUUUGGCAUUUUGCUAUGAAAUAGUGCACAUACAGAAUGCAACCCCUCUGUGGCCAGAAGUGUUGUUUUGUUUUUUUUAAUUAGUGUGGGUGGACCAACACUGCAAGGGUUACUCUAACCAAUCUUUUAUGAAACACUGUACUUUUGUUUGGAGUAACCCUAUAACAUAUUCAGGUUAUCAUUAUUUAUUAUUUAAUAAAGCACCAUUUUGGGGUGCAGCACUGUAAUGUAAGGUGACAGUACAAAAAGUUAACACACAGAAAAAGUUACUUUAAAUAAAUGGUAAUGAACGUUGUGCUCCAUGACUUCACCAGAACAAUAGAAAGUUAUUUUGGCUUAGCAUGAAAAUGUUAUAUGAUCUAUUUCCCUUCUGGGAUUCAGUCUUUUUUUUUUUUUUUUUUUAGCAAAUUAUCCCGACCUUUUGCAAUGUUUGGAUGCUCCUAUUCUCACCGACCAGCAGUGCCGUGAAGCUUAUCCAGGACAAAUCACCCAGAAUAUGAUCUGUGUGGGUUAUCUCGAAGGAGGAAAGGAUUCCUGCCAGGUAACAAAGAAUAGCCAAAAGAAAAAUCCUCAGAUUGGUUAGGGCACUGAUUGUAUAGUGUUACUCCAAAAUAGUAUAUAAUUUCAUAAAGGGACAAUAUGAUGAUAGUAUUACCUUACUAUCUAGAAUAAUAAUCAUCAUUGGUGGGAAUUAAGUAAGACUUCAUAGCAAUCACACAUGUCUCAAAUAUAAAAUAAGAAGGGAUACCAUAUACAAUCCAAUAUUCAGCAUUUCGUUGUUUAGCAAAAAAUAUCUACAAAUAAACUAACAAUUUCUUGGACACAACUGGGAACCAAUAGGGUACAUUGAAAGAGAGGAAUACUGCAUUGGAAGUGGAAGAAUGACACAUAAUUCUAACAUGAUCCAAAGUCAUUUAUAUGCCCCAGAAAUAAUUUCAUCUGCUUGCUGAUGUGUGCGGACUGCAAUCUGUGCAGGGCGAUAAGGACUGUAAUGUGUGGGACUGUAAUUAUUAAAAACAAGAAAGCUUCAUUCCAAUGUCUAAAUAAUAUGCUUAUUAUAACAUUUUGUCUAAAUAAAUAUAUAAUAAAUAUAUCAUAAUAUAUGUUAUUUAGACAAAGGAAAGAAGUACAGAAGUUUUUUAAUAGGAUAUAAAAUAGCAAGUAUGACAUACAACAUAAAUAGAUACAUUUGAAAACAAUGACCAAUAUAACCAGAGACAAAACAAAACCCAGAAAGUUGGGUUUUAUUACCUAGACAGAUGAUAAACACAAAGCUUAAUAUUCCAUAAUGUAAAAAAUUGACAUGUUUCCUAAUUUAUUUCCCAGGGUGACUCAGGUGGCCCAGUGGUUUGCAAUGGAGAGCUGCAAGGAGUGGUAUCUUGGGGUAGAGGCUGUGCUUUAUCUGGGUAUCCAGGCGUUUAUGCUAAGGUGUGCAACUACAUUGGCUGGAUUGAGGAGACCAUCGCCAACUACUAA